CUUGGGCGGCCAUUCCAGGUUUUGUCCAUGGGGUGCUGCCAGACCAAGGCCGCCGCGUCGUCGCCGGCGACGGCGGCGUCCACCGACUCCAUGCACGGCGCAUCGUCGUCUGUAUUCCGCCCGUCUCCGCUGUCCCCAUCGGAGACGCUGCCACGACCGCGACGGCUGUCGCGGUCGCCUCUUUUGCCGCCUCGUCUCCAAGUCAGCGUCGUGGCGGAUGACCCGUCGUUGAAUUCGUUUUACCGCAACCUAAAGACGACGCGUGGGUCUGCGUCGUUGCCGGCGGUCCCAGCCGCCUUGUCGCUGGAACAUCCGAUCCUGAGUUUGCCUCACAUUUCAAGUAGCCUCAAAGGCGUCAAGCGACCCGCGCCAUCCCGGUCCAAACACCGCGAUGUCAUGAGCAUCUUUGGCGAGAAAGGAUACGUCCUUGAGAGUUCGCAUGUAACGUCGGACGCGAACACUCCCACGAGCAGCAUGUCGUCGCAACACCCGAUAUCUCCAAGCACCCUCAAUGCGUCGGCGACCUCAUCCGCGAUGACCCACAUCCAGAUUCCGUCGCUAUCGAUCGCAUACGGCGCCGCGUCCAUCGCCGGCCGGCGUAACGUGAACGAAGACCGCGUUGCGUGCUACCUCCACGAGGACAAUGACACGUCUGGCCAAAAAAUCGGGUACUUCGCCGUAUACGAUGGCCACGGCGGCACCAAUGUCGCGGAUUACCUCUCGACGCACCUCCAUCGACACGUUUUUGCGCACGUGGAAGCACAUCCUACUGAGAGCCUCGACACGGCGCUGGAAGCGAGCAUGCUCGCCACUGACGCCCUCAUCUACAACCAAUCGAUCCACCACGGCUCCACAGCCAUCGCGAUGCUCGUCGACGGCACGACAAUGGCGUUUGCGUCUCUGGGCGAUUCGCAAGCAAUUUUGUCGUCGAAUGAAGGGCGCGACGUUGUCGAUCUCUGCCGCAGCCACCGUCCGACGGACGCGGCGGAACUCGAACGCAUUGUCGCUGCAAAAGGCUCGGUCGUGGAUGGUCGCAUCUUUGGUGUGCUGGGUGUGUCUCGCGCGUUUGGGGACAACGAUUUGAAGACGUCGAAGGGAGCCUUCAAGGACAAGUUUAAUGGCGACGUCGUCGGCGGCAUUCCCGAUGUCCGCCUCCACCGCAUGCGCCCAGAAGACGACUUUGUCGUGCUCGCGUGCGACGGCGUGUUUGACGUUCUCGCCCCUGCGGACCUUGUCGCGUUUGUGCACACCCGGCUGAAUGCUCACGGCGACGCACAAGCUGCGUGCGAUGACAUCGUGGCACACGCGAUGCGUCUGGGAAGCACCGACAACUUGAGCGCUGUCGUCGUGCGGCUGAACCAACCUCCCACCGCGUCGUCCUAGCGGGGCGUGUCUGUGUUGUCUUAUUUAAUUUAUUUAUUUGGGAGUUCAAGUACCGGAAUUCCUCG